UUAAAAAGUUGUUGUAUAGCGACCUUGUUUGAGGAGGUUGUUCAAUUCAACCUGGCAAGUGUAAGCCUGCGGCUUGCCUUGGGUCGUCUUUUGUCUAUAAGUUACUCGGGGUUGUGUUGUACCAGGGUUGUACCAGAAAUCUAUCCCUGCAUACUUAGACAUACUUUUCAUUUCAUGCCACAGAAAUCAAUCUUAUCAUUCUUCUCCGGGAGCGAGAAAAAAGAAACUGAGAGAACAAAUAAGGAAAAGAUAAUUGGUUCGAAACCGCCUAACAAUACUUCACAUAAAAACAUAAAGCGCAGACGCAUCAUAGUCGAAAGUGAUGAUUCAUUAACCGAAACGCCCAAUAAAAGCAGUGAAUGUGUUCAUAAUGACGUUAAUUUUGAAGAAAGUGAUGUAGAAAUCCCCUCUAAAUUACCUGAUUCGGUACAUCAGCAACCAAUAAGAAGUCCUACAAGUGAGGAUAAAUUGUUAGAGAAUGUGACUGAUACAAGAAUUAAAGACGAAUUCAAGAACUUAAGUGAGUCUAACUUAGUCCGUUUACAGUGUGCGGAAACUGAAGCAAGUAAUAUUCUAAGCACAUCGAAUGAUAAUGAAAAGUCGUCACGGAGUCCUGAAAAACUAGUUACCUGUUACGACCCCAGCAAAGCGGAUUAUCACCCCAUCCACGAUUGUAAUUGGCGAGAAGGUGAAAGUGUCCCUUAUUUGUCGUUGGCGAGAACAUUCGAGUGUAUUGAGGCCACAUCUGGCAGAAUCAAACUAACAGAAAUACUGUGCAAUUUUUUUCGCUCAGUCGGUUUGUUGUCUUCGUUUGAUUUAACAAGUUGCGUUUACCUUUGCCUCAACCGACUGGGGCCCGCAUAUGAAGGGAUGGAACUAGGCGUGGGGGAAACAAUCCUAUUAAAGGCUUUGGCUGCAACUACAGGUGUUGGGAUUGAACAUAUGCGUUCCAGUUUAAAACAACAUGGUGAUCUCGGUGCUGUCGCCGAAACUAUCAGAUCACGUCAGAAAAUCCUGUCAGCUCCAAAACCAUUGACCAUUUCAUCAGUAUUUUCUAAAUUGAAAGAUAUUGCUUCAAUGUCUGGAAAUUCAGCUCAAAACAAAAAAAUGGAAAUCAUUCGCUCGCUUCUAGUGGCCUGUCGAGAAUCUGAAACGAAAUAUAUUAUACGCAGUUUAUCAGGAAAAUUGCGUAUUGGCUUAGCUGAACAAACUGUGCUUACAGCUCUUGGUCAGGCUGUAGCUAUGACGCCAUUCCAUUUUAAAGUUAGUGAUAAAAGCACGCGAAUAAUUAAUGCUUCUAAUGGUAUGUCUGGUGAGCAGUGGAAAGUUACAAUGGAUAUUGCGGUUGCGAAUGUUAAAAGGGCGUAUUGCGUUUGUCCAGACUACAGCCGUCUUAUAAAAGCUCUUUUAACAAAAAGCCAUGAGUCCCUGGAUCAAAUUUGCACAAUCACUCCAGGUAUUCCUCUAAAACCAAUGUUAGCUUCUCCUACACAUGGAAUAUAUGAAAUUUUAAAGAGGUUUGAAGAAUGUGAUUUCACUUGUGAAUAUAAAUAUGAUGGUGAAAGGGCUCAAAUUCAUAUUCUCCCUUCAGGUGCAAGUCACGUGUAUUCACGUAAUCAAGAAGAUAAUACCACAAAAUAUCCUGAUAUCGUAAAUAAUCUGAUGUCUAGGGUUCUGCCAGAGUCUAAACUAACGCCUCAUGCAAUUGAGCUACUCAGUGAAAUUGUUAAAGAUAAUAAAAUACAAGUUCAAUCAAAUAGUAUAGUUGGAAACAAACUGGAGAGUUGUAUCAUUGACUCGGAAGUUGUAGCUUGGGAUCGUUUAGCUGGACAUAUUUUACCAUUCCAAGUCCUAUCAACGCGAAAGCGUAAAGAUGUCGAUGAAUCUACACUGAAAGUACAAAUAUGCAUCUAUGUAUUUGAUAUACUGUUUAUAAAUGGUAUAUCUUUAAUUGAACAACCGUUACGCAUACGUCGAGAGAUACUUAGAGAAGUAUUUCCGCGCAUUUCUGGAGAGUUCAUGAUGGCAACCUCUCUUGAUUCAUCUGAUACAGAUGAGAUCGCGACUUUUCUUGACGAAGCAAUCAAAGGUAACUGUGAAGGUUUAAUGAUAAAAACACUAGAUCGUAAUUCUACCUACGAAAUCGCAAAACGAUCCCAUAGCUGGUUAAAAUUGAAAAAAGACUAUUUAGAAGGUGUUGGUGAUACAUUGGAUUUGGUGGUAAUAGGUGGAUUUUAUGGAACUGGUAAACGUGCUGGUCGUUACGGUGGUUACUUACUGGCAUGCUAUGAUCCAGAUACAGAAGAAUACCAGACAAUAUGCAAAAUUGGUACAGGAAUGAAGGAUGAUGAAUUGGCUUCAUUUUCGGAGUUUUUCAAAAACCAUGCAACUGACAAAGCAAAACCUUAUUAUCAAUACACAAUAAGUUUAAUUCCAGAUCAAUGGUUUGAGCCUGUUCAAGUUUGGGAAGUGAAGGCAGCCGAUUUGAGUAUAUCACCUGGACACAAAGCCGCUGCUGGUUUAGCGGAUCCACAAAAAGGCAUUUCACUGAGAUUUCCAAGGUUCGUUCGGAUUCGAGAUGACAAAAAGCCCGAAGACGCAACAACAGCCCAACAAGUUUAUGAACUUUAUCAAAAUCAAGAGCAGAUAAAGAAUCAGCAUGGCAAAAAACAAACAGGAAACAAUGAUGAUGAAGAUAUGUAUUGAAUUCAUAAUCAUUAUUAUGGAAACACGCACCACCAUCUAAGAUAUUAUUUGUAAAAUAUUAUUUAUAAAAAUGAUAAAUUAAAAUACAAAAUACAUCAUUUUGUAACACCCAUCACAAGCAUCUUAAGUUUUAAAUUUAUUUCAAAGUACACUUCGUACACAACGAGGGUCACAGGAGUUUGGGAAGCGAUCGUAAUCGUUCCAAGUCGAGAAUUGGACCGUUUAUAACGUUGGGCUCAUAAUCAAAAAUGUGUGAGUAUUCAGAUACUGUUAAAGUUGGUUGUAUUGAAGUAUCUUUUUCUGAUGAACAACCAGACAAGGUAGACAGAUACUUAGUGUCACGGUUGCAUAUUUCAGCAUGUUGUGUCAUUUGUAAUUUAUCUAGACCCAACUCAUUCAUUAUAUUUGGGAGCGACUCUCCAGUUGUAAGGUCAGGUGAUUUUGGAUCUUUAGACACAAACGGAGUGAAAGAUGACGGGUCACUCAAUGGAGUACACACAGAAUCAUCCCUUCGGUCGUUAAAACAAGUAUAGUUAUGUAAUGCUUUUUCGUGGUUAGCGGUCGGAGUACUACUUGCUACUGGCGCAGUACUUUGUUUACAUUUAUUAUCUCCACAACAUUCAAUUAUACCAUGUCGCUUCAUAUAAUCCAGUGUCGCUAAGCUGUAGUCGACUACUGUAGAACUAUCUGUAUCCACUGUUCCGCUAUCAACAGCUUUGUUACCCAAAUAUUUAUUUACUAAAGAAGAUAAGUAAAUACUUUGAUCGGUGUCGCCUACACAUCCACUAUUAAGAAAGUUUUCGUUUCUCUUCUUCACUUUCACUAAAUGUAUAUCUUGAAUAGAUUCUGGAACAGCUAAUUCCUGGUUCACAUUAAGCUGGUUCGUUGAAUGACUGGGAUCAACGUAUGUACCAGUGUCAGCUCUAAAAAAAGAUAAUGAAAGUAUGGUAUCAAAAAGAAUGGUUAGGAACAUAUUUCACAAAGGUUAGCAAACGACUGGUGUGCAUUUACAUCUGGUCCACUGUACUGACUGACAGCCAUUUCCACAUGUGUUCCAUUGAGUUUUUAAUACGGAACAGGACCAAUAGUGCAAUAACUUAUGGUAUAAGGUAAAAACUGAGGAACGAAAUAAAGUUUAGUAACUCCUUUGCUGUUUGAUAAAUGGACGACUCAGCAAUACCAACCAUCUGAUAAACUUCCAGUAAAAAUUGCAUCCGUAUUCACAUAACUUUCUUUGAAUCUCUUCUUUCGUGAGUCGCUUACUUACUCGGUUCGAAUUGUUGCACAACCCUUGUAAAAACUAGAAUCUUCCUUUUUAACUACAUACUAUUGAGAGAGAUUGUCAACUUUCACACGUAAUAUCAGUAUCUCUUCUUUUCUGAAUUAUCUAUAUCAAUUUUCCCGCGUAUCGUUUUCAGUGAGAAACAUAUUUCCUUUACCUUUUUUAUCUUCGGAUCUUUAGUUGUAAAGAAGCAAUAACAAUGAAAACAAACAUUUUACUGAUUACUUUGAUGGGGAAAUUAGAUGAGCAUUCUGGCACGAUACAUGACUCAUAUAUAAAUAAGAAGCUGGUCAUUACUUGGAAAAACGUGAAGGUCUAAUGCAUUUAAUAAUAGAUCUAACUUUUUUUUUGUCAAAUAACGUCUACUAUUAUCUGAUUCUUAUAGCUUCUUACUCAGAUAACUGUGCCAAAUCAGAGAAAUGCCACGAGUGGUUUGUCGCUACCAUUGUCUAAUUUCAGUUUACGUAGUAGUUAUGAUACUGGAUUGAUUUUCUUCAUAUGCGAAGAAAUACUUCGAAAAAUAACUUACCUUUUACAAUUACUAUCAGUUAA